GUCGAAUUUUCUGAAGUAAUUGAACAUUUAUUUCUAUAUUUACAGCGGCACGUCUGAAGUACAAACUUUAAGAUAUGUAUAUGAAUAUAAGAAAUGUUAUAUUUAAAAUGUAUAACGCUGUUGUUGAAUGAUUGUUUAUGCAAUGUUGCUAGCAAAUUGAUCAACUUGUCAGCGUAAAACGAUACUUAAUAUCUUAGAAGUGUACUUUCGAAAUUCCUAGGCGCUUUCAUUAUACAAUCAUCCUAAAAGCGUUAAAUCCGUAAAAAAAUCUUUUUCUAUUUUUACAGUGGUACUGAAAAAGCGAAAGAGAUUUUAUCAGCCAAAUUACAACUGAUUCAAAUUGAAAUUGAUGACAUUAUUUGUUUGCGUUUACAGCGGCACAUUAGCAGUAUUGAGAAGAAUAUACGUAUUAUUUUUUCUCAGAGGAAAAUCCGUUCUUCUGUGUAUUUACAGUUGCCGUAAAGCAGCUUGAACUUUUAAUCUGUAUGACAGAAACAUUAUUUUAUGCAUGUAUCCAAAACUUUAUGUUUACUUUCUAAAUAAAACUUCGAUUGGUUUAUGUCUGGACAGAAACGACCACACUUAAGAUGUGCAGGACAUCUUUUCAUUCUUGAUGAUUUUCUUUCACCCCCAUGCAAACGAAACUUUUGCCUCGACAGUCCUCUCAAAGUUCUCUUCCUCCCACUUGUUGGGUUUUUCACACAGAAUAUAUUUAUCGAACCUCUUGUUUAUUUCAGACCCGAGCCCCUCAUCCACCCGCCAUCCCCAUCGGAUCAGUUUCGGUUAAAAUUUAAUUUCCAUUACCUUCUCUCGUUCCGCACAGAGCAGCAGAGUACCCUCGCUCUUGAAAAGAUGACCCUCGAUGGAAAACCGACAAAAUGAAACCAUCUCCUAAUUGGUUCAUCGUUCCCCUGACUGCCGUAUUGCUGCAACAUUAUUGCCACCACUUGACGAUUGUGGACUGCUACAGGCCGGUGGCCGCCGCAUUGUCCUUUGCUUCAGCGUCUUCUUCUUUGGCGUCAUCGUCGUCGUCGUCGUCGUUGUCUUCUUCACCGAUGAUGAGCUACGGGGACAGUGAAAUUCUAAAAUUGACACAAAGCCCCGCUGGGUCAGAUGCACGGCUGAGGUGCGGCAUCAAGGAGUACCAUGCUGACCACAUGAACUCGUCCGAUGUACGAUGGUACUUCAAGCCCUGUGGCGAGGGAACGAAUCGCACCUCUUGCACGAACCGCUAUCAGCUAGAUCACAUCCCAUGGCGUCCGAUCGACUGCGAAGGCCGGCGAUGUCGCGUCACGCUCUUCAUUCGCAAUGCAUCCGAAGCGGACUCCGGCCUGUACCGUUGCAGUAUUCACCCCUACCGGACGGACGAUCGCACCCAGUUCGACAUUCAGCUGACCAGAACCUUCCAGCUGGACGUGAUCAAGUCCCUCCUGGACGAAACAGUGGGUGCCCCCGAGCUCCUAGAUAACCUCCCCGCCAACACCACGGCCCUACUCGAUUCCCAGAUCGUCCUUCAAUGCCGGGUCUACAGUAAGGUUCAACCCUCGAUCAAGUGGUUCCGGCGGAUCAACCUGAACAAUCCUCCCCUCGAGGAUCACAACUUCAACCAAGACAAGUCCAUCCGAUAUCUGGAGAACUUCUACGAGCUCGUGCCGUCUUCCGGCGAGAAGCCCAUCUCCGAGGAUGUCUAUCUGAGCAAGCUGAUCCUGUACAACGUAUCGGAGCGGGACAUUGGCAUCUACGUGUGCGUGGGGAUCAACUACGGAGGCGUCAACACGGCCGAUGCGUACGUCAACGUGGUGCACCCAAACGGGUCGACCGUUGGCAGCGGCACCAGUGUGACGGAUCUUAUGGUGCUGUUCCUGAUACCGCUGGGACUAGCACUGAUUCCGUUGAUCGUUUGGAUUUGCUUCGUCGUAUCGAGGAGGUGUAGUCAGGAAACGAAGUCGAUCGCCGAUACUAGUGUUCCCAGUGGUGAUAGGAACGCUUAUCAGAUGAAGGCCAGUGGGGAGUUGGGUCGGAGACCGGAAACUCCGCUGAGAGUUGUCAACAGUGGGUACGGUAGAGGGAAUCACAAACGGAAUCUAAGUUACGAAGGGUCCCAUCUGUACGAGAAAAUAAAUGUAGUAUAGAACGAGCUCACCGUGAGGGUUAGGUUAGGAAUGUAGAUUUGUAGAUUCGGUGCCAAAGUGAUAUUGUAAAUACUAGGUUACGUUGAGGAAAUAAAUGGGUUAUUUAUUUGAA